CUUCACCCUGUCUCCCUCCCAUCCCCCGACUGGCUCCUGCUUUCCACAUCCACGAGGGCCCGAGACAGAGCCCGGAUCACCACCCAGCAGAGGCCGAUGUUGGUGCGUGCGGUCAGGCACUUUUGCGGGACUCACGCCGCACGGCUGGCCAUCGCCGCCGGCCAGCCUCCCGCCCCGCCCCUCCCCUUGUUCCUUCCACUUCCGAGCAUCACCCCCCGGCGCCUGUCUUCCGCGGCUGCCAGAUCUUCGGCCGUCCCACCGCUCCGGAGUUACCCAAUGCAAUUGUGCUUCCUCGGCACCGGCAGUGCCAUCCCCUCGGCCUCGCGCGGAACCUCCGCCAUGGCCAUGGUCGUCGACGGGACCCAUAUGCUGCUCUUCGAUUGCGGCGAGAAUACACAGGUGAAACUCCAACAAUCCAAGCUCGGCUUCCGAAAGAUGUCGCACAUCUUCAUCACCCAUGCGCAUGGUGACCACGUCAAUGGGCUGGUGGGCCUGCUGAUGACCCUGUCCUCCAGCGCCGGGUCCACGGGCUUCGUGCCGGGCGAUGGGCACCUGGUGAUCGUCGGACCGCCCGGCUUGCGGGCAUAUCUCCGCCAGUCGCUGCGGUUUUCCGGCACCAACAUGGCCUUCCGGUUUGUGGUGCACGAGCUGCACCCGGCCCUUGGCGAGGCCCCGGCGCUGGAUGACUCGCCGGCCGGGGACUUCCUCUUCAACGAACUGCAGGGCCGGAAUGUGCGGCCGAACCCGGCCACGGCCGGGGCCUCCAUCGAUGGAGCGUCUGCCAGCGCAGCAGGCAGCCCGAUCAGCUACUGCACGUGUGGCGCAUCGCCACCCUGCGAUGCGCUUCCCCCGGGCGAUGGCGGGGCCUCGUCGAUUCACCGGGAGUGCAUUCGCCCGGCGCCGGCCGGUACAUAUGACGUCCCGCUGGCGGCCGACUGGCCGGAGACCCCUGGCGCCGGGCCGGAUGCCCGGCUGCUGUGCUCGGGGCACUUCUCCUUCGGGCCGAACUGCCCCUCUGGGAUGGAUGACGAGGGGUUGCGGGCGCGCCUGCGCGCCGACGGGCGCCCCGAUCUCUCGGACGCAGAUGCGGUGUCUUGGAUGUUUGAUCCGGCCACCUACCCGGUCGUGGAAUCGGCCCCGGCCCCGGCCCCGGUGCCAAAGAGCCCGUCCAAGGCCCCGACCCUGUUGGCGCUGCCGGCCGACGCCACGGGCGGCCAGGGCCCGGUGCGGGCCUCCCUCACAGACCGGGUGGCUUACCGGGUCCCCGGGCUGCCGGCCUGUCAGCUGCCCUUCCGGGUGACGGCGGCCCCGCUGGCACACGAUACCUUCUCUUUCGGCUUUGCGGUGACCGAGUUCCCGAAGCGCCCGCGCUUCGACAGCGCCGCCCUGCUGGAGGCCAUCGGCAAGCGCAUGCCUGACAUCCCCGCGCGCGACAUCAGCCGGAAGAUCUCGUCGGUCAUCUGCAACGGCGGGCACUUUGUGGCCGACGAUAGCUCGCCGCACCCGGGGGCGUCCUUCUGCGCGGCGGAAUUCAUCGUCCCCCCGGUGCCCGGUCGGCGGGUGGCCUUCAUGGGGGACACCAGCGACUCGCGUGCCGCGCUGGCCAUCUGCCACGGUGCCGAUGCCAUCGUUCACGAGGCCACUCUGGCCGGGUUCCAGAUCCUGCGGGAUGGGUCUCUGGACCCGGGCACCGAGGAGUCCCACCGGGCUGCCGAGGGCCUGGCCCGGUCGCGCGGCCACAGCACUCCCCAAAUGGCCGGGAAGUUUGCGCGUCUAGCCAGCCACAAGUCGCACCUGAUUCUGUCCCACUUCAGCGCGCGGUAUCCCGCGCUGAAUGUGGCCCAGCCCCCGACCUCCUCACCCGAGGCGCCGCUCACCGCGCCCCAGAACCACAUGGAGAUGAUCGUCAAGCUGGCCGCCGACCAGCACCCCGGCGGCCAGGUGUCGGCGGCGCAUGACCUGUGCACAUUUGUCAUCAGGUGACGGCGAGAUCACAUGUCAACACAGGCGCCCUGGGCUCCUUUUUGGUG